GUAUUGGUUGUGCUCCUACUUUUACAUUGAUGCUGCUAAAAUAAAGCUGUUUUAUUUAUCGACGAACAUGGAGCGAAAAUAGCACUUAAUGAUUUGCUUUUGUAGACAUGCGCAGUGGUGUCACUUCCGGAAAGCACCUGCACAACUAAGUUCGAAAGUGCCCGCGAGGCCGGUUGAGAUGAAAUAUGGCAGACACAGAGAGAAGCGAAACCCCAGAUAUCACUGCAGUAGCUCAUGCAUCGACAGGAAAGUCGUGGUUUGAAUUUCUGCUGGAUGAAGCCCUCUUGGAGAAACAUUUGCUGGGGGACAACCCAGAUCCAUCAGAGACUCAGUUAAUUCUGCAGUUUCUCCAGCAUGCGGAGGCUGUUCCUAACGUGGGCAAAGAUCAGACGAGUAACGGGACAGAGGGGAAAGGAGAUGAAAAACAAGGAGAACCAAAAUCAGGAGAAAAUAAGAAAACCAAGGCCUUGAAACUACUAGCUCUGAAGAUUGCAGCAUUUCUGAAGUGGGAUUUAGAUGUUUUAGAUAAAAGUAUCCCGUUAUCAAUGAUGUCUGCCCUGCUGACAGAGCUGGUGAAGAUAGCAUUUCCCCAGGAUCUGGACCCUGAGACUCUGAAAGAUGGAGACCUGUCCUUGUUACCUGAUGAGACCGUUUUUGCUCUUAUGCUGUAUCACAGAUGGUGUGUUAAGACAGCAAUUAAGGACAGCUUUCCCAGCAGACCCACCAAGACUCUAAAUGUUCCAGUGCCAGGUGUAGUGGAUCCAACUCUAGGACUGAACGGGGCUAAUAAAAGCAUGCUAGAAAGUGUGAAGUCCCAGCUGACAGGAUCAGCUCUGAUCUUGGAGAAGUGUAGUAAUCUGACCAAGUCCCUGAUGAUGCCCAGUAUUGACAGUAUAGCUGGUCUCCAUGAAAAUACUGAGACUAUCACACACCAGUGGGACAAGGGACAACUGAUACCAAACGAGGAACUGAUCUGCCAGAUUUGUUAUGACUUGGGUUGCUAUCAUUUCUUCCAUGAGAACUAUCAACAAGCACAUGCCAUGUUCACCAAAUCAUCUUCACUGUUACAAAAGGUGGUCAAUCCACACUUCUUGAGACUUGACCGGUCACGACUAAGUGGCUACUGCAGCGCCUGUAAUGCUCUUCUGAACAUGGAGGUCAAAUCUGAUGCCCCUUCGCUACAGGAAAGAGUGGAACAGUGUAGGAAAAACAACUUUAAGGGCAUUGUUGAACUACUCCGAGAAGACAAUCAGAAAUCAGAGCUUUCAGUGCAUUACAGAGUUUCAGUGGAAGAAGAAAUACGAAAGUUAAAUAAUUUGCCACUUCUGUUCCAAGUGUGUACAUGUAAUAUCAUCAGACAGGUUCUGGAGGGCAAGGCCAUCCUCUCUCCCUAUCUGGAUAUGUUGGAGGGAGAAAGUGAAAGUAAUCUGCAGUUGAUUUUAGAGAUGUCUUCAGAAGUUAUCAAGAAGUGUUCAUUUCCCAAGAAAACUAAUCUCAAGUGUUUUCUUAGUCACCUGUGCCAGAGCCUGCCUGCCUCUACAAACUUCACAUCUGGUCUGUUGAAGUCUGAUCUGAGACAUCAGUUUGACCAGAGAGAAGUAGAAGAGCUGCGGUCCUAUCAGCAUGAAGAUCAAAACUUCAUGAAACUUGGACCAGCUCCUCACACAGAGCUAAAUGAUACGUCCAGCCUGGAGCGCCAGGUGUUGAUAACAUAUGAACCCAAGAAGUUGAAGGAACUUUUGGUAAAACUACAAGGAAAACUAACACGACAGCAGCUCAUGGUCCUUAGUGAUAAGUGGAAGGUAUCCAGAGAUAUUCAGCGUGGUUUUGACAGCUUGGUGUCAUGUCUAGACCAGGUGUAUGGAUAUAUAUGUUUAGUCAAGGCUAAACAGUGUACUCAGAUGAAGAUGUUUCAGUCGGCACAUGAUCUUCUGCUGGCGUCGGAUGCCUCGGUGAAGGACCUGUCUUACAAAUUGUCCAAAUUAAUUCGCUGGGAGAUACUACAGGUGGACAUCCAGCUGUUCCAGCAAGCAGACAGCUUUCUGGAGAGUUCCACGGUUCAGGACAUCAUGAAGAGGACCAAGACCUGCAUCACCUCAUUAAGACUGGACUCUGACAUGUCGCCCAGCAGUGAUAUUGUGGGACACUGUGUGGCUUUCCUUCUCAACAUCAAAGACUGGGAUUAUUUGGGGAACUUGGAAAACACCAACAGUGGAUAUAUAGAGUUUGGUCGUCUGCUGUCCCUGCUGUGUAAAGAACUGCCCAAUAUGAAGGAGAGCAGGAAAGCUGCCAGGGAGGUCUGGGAGGCAGUUUUGCAGAUAUUCACAACCACUGAGCAGCAGAAACGUAGCAGCAGUGGUGCUCCCAGUUCGAUGAAAAGAGAAUCCAACUUAGGCCUUAUAUCUAGGGCACAUUUUGUUCAGUUCAUACAGAGAAUUAAGGAUCCUGUAGUGCUCUCUGCUCUGGUGUCUUGCGUGACAAAGUUAUAUAAUCUACUCAAGAAUGACCUAACCAGUGAGAUCUCCAGUGAUUAUGUCACCAUGUGGCCCACGGCUUUGGGAAGCUCAAGUCAGUUGAACCUCCCGGCAGUGUCAGAUGCAGUGAUAACACUAAUGCAGCAUACUCUCUGUGUGAAUCCAACACAACCCUCUUGGCUAAAGACACAGGCAGAUUUACAUUUUGCACAUGCCCAGUAUUCUGGUGCUAUGCACUGUUACAUGGAGGCAGCCUUGGUGGCGUCAGACUAUUUCUCACGUCCCGUCCCCAAGACCAUCCUUGAUGACCAAGUGUACAAGAGGCUCAUCAAGAGCUGCAACUAUCUCCAGUGUUACACACAGAGCGCAGACCUCCGCCAAGGNUUGCUGAACAUUGAAGUGCUGCAGUAUCUUUUUUUGCAGAUAUUCACAACCACUGAGCAGCAGAAACGUAGCAGCAGUGGUGCUCCCAGUUCGAUGAAAAGAGAAUCCAACUUAGGCCUUAUAUCUAGGGCACAUUUUGUUCAGUUCAUACAGAGAAUUAAGGAUCCUGUAGUGCUCUCUGCUCUGGUGUCUUGUGUGACAAAGUUAUAUAAUCUACUCAAGAAUGACCUAACCAGUGAGAUCUCCAGUGACUAUGUCACCAUGUGGCCCACGGCUUUGGGAAGCUCAAGUCAGUUGAACCUCCCGGCAGUGUCAGAUGCAGUGACAACACUGAUGCAGCAUGCUCUCUGUGUGAAUCCAACACAACCCUCUUGGCUCAAGACACAGGCAGAUUUACAUUUCGCACAUGCCCAGUAUUCUGGUGCCAUGCACUGUUACAUGGAGGCAGCCUUGGUGGCAUCAGACUAUUUCUCCCGUCCCGUCCCCAAGACCAUCCUUGAUGACCAGGUGUACAAGAGGCUCAUCAAGAGCUGCAACUAUCUCCAGUGUUACACACAGAUGACAAUGAGCAAUAGUUCCAUCUGUUCGUAUAACCGAUAA